UUUGCCAUCUCUACCAUGCCUGGAAUAGUGUCCCCUUUCAAACGAGUCUUCCUGAAAGGUGAAAAGGGUCGGGAUAAAAAGGCCCAGGAGAAGGUUACGGAAAGACGACCUCUUCAUACAGUGCAGCUGUCCUUGCCCGAUCGAGUUGAACCAGACAUAUUGUUGAAUGACUACAUUGAAAAGGAAGUCAAGUAUUUAGGCCAGCUGACAUCCAUCCCAGGGUACCUGAAUCCCUCCAGUCGUACUGAAAUACUGCAUUUGAUAGACAAUGCAAAGAGGGCACAUCAGCUCCCAGGUCAGCUGACCCAGGAACAUGAUGCUGUGAUUAGUCUGUCUGCCUACAAUGUCAAGCUGGUGUGGAGGGACGGAGAGGAUAUCAUACUCAGGGUCCCCAUCCAUGACAUCGCAGCUGUGUCCUACAUCCGUGAUGAUUCCUCACACCUGGUAGUACUGAAAACAGCUCAGGACCCUGGGAUUUCUCCGAGCCAGAGUCUUUGUGCAGAAAGCUCCAAAGCGCUUACGUCGGGGUCGCUGUCAGAAAGUGGCAUGGUGCCUGUCGAAGCGUGCUGUUUGGUGGUCCUGGCUACAGAGAACAAAGUAACUGCAGAGGAACUCUGCUCACUUCUCAGCCAAGUCUUCCAGAUCGUUUACACUGAGUCCACAAUAGACUUCUUAGAUAGAGCCAUAUUUGAUGGGGCCUCGACACCAACGCGCCAUAUGUCCCUACACAGUGAUGACUCGUCAACAAAAGUGGACAUCAAAGAAUCUUAUGAAACAGAAGCAAGCACUUUCUCCUUUCCGGAAUCCUUGGACGCAGGUGGCAAUUCUCCUUCUUCCUUAACGCCUCAGUCUCCGCACGUUAAGACGGUCAGUGAGAGCGAGCUGAGCACCACGGCGGCGGAGCUGCUCCAGGACUACAUGAUGACGCUAAGAACCAAACUCUCUUCUCAAGAGAUCCAGCAGUUUGCAAUGCUCCUGCACGAAUAUCGCAACGGGGCUUCAAUACAUGAAUUCUGCAUCAACCUGAGACAGCUCUAUGGGGAUAGUAGGAAAUUCCUGUUACUAGGCCUUAGACCAUUCAUUCCUGAAAAGGACAGCCAACACUUUGAGAACUUCCUAGAAACCAUCGGGGUGAAGGAUGGCCGGGGGAUUAUCACAGACAGUUUUGGGAGGUACAGACGGACUCUGAGCACUACCUCCAACUCAACAACCAACGGGAAUGGGGCAGCGGGGAGCUCAGAUGACCAGUCUGCCCCUUCUGAGGGAGACGAGUGGGACCGGAUGAUCUCCGAUAUCAGCAACGACAUUGAAGCGCUUGGAUGCAGCAUGGACCAGGAUUCCUCAUGAGACACAGCAGGGGCAGGAGGAUGAGAAGCCUGCUCCUUUCCAAGGGGCUUUAUUGUUCUCUCCCGCCCUUACGUAGCAAGUGCAGCAACCUUUGCUGCUGUCUUCCUGCCCUUCCCGUCUGAGAGGCUUCGGGAAUGAAUCGGGGUGUGAUUAUUCCCCCCCGUCAGCGGCUUCAUUGGCAUCCGUGCCUGAUUUGUGAUGGUGACUGGGGCUCGUCUUACUGUGAAGACACAUGUCCUGGCGCAGGUGAGCAUGCUGCGAAAGAGGAACCCAGGUUGGGGGAUGGAGCCAGAGUCCCUCCUUCCGACUUCUAAGAACUCUCUGGUUUUGGGGUGUCCUUUGCUGCCGUCGACGCGAAGGAGCUGGGGCAAGAAGCUUGCAUUGAGCAGUAACCGCUCGCUGGGACCCUCUGGCAGGUUUACAGUUUUGCACAUGAUGUUCCUAUUGUAACUCAGACUUUUUUAAAAACCGAAGUUUACCACAAUGUGAAUAAUUUAAACCUAUUGUUGGUGUUGUCAAAACAUUUCUGACCCGCACCUGAAGGCUGUCUGUUGCGAUACUGACAUGAGUGGUUUGUCAGGAAGACCAGUGUGGGCUGUUCUAAUUGCAAACAUGACUUCUGGGCUGUACCCUUGCGGGAGGGGAGUUGGUUGGCAUGGAUAAACUUUGCCUUUUUUCUCUAGCACUCUGGUUCCAAUUCAGCCCGUAGUCCAGCGUGGGCCAGGAGCAUUGGUGCAUUUAGCGCUGUCCUAGUGGACAGUCUAGGUCUAAAACCAUUCAGCACGGCUGACAGUCUGCUCAGGAAAAGCCUAAGACCUGAGGGACGUAGGAGAUGGAACCACAUUUUUACCUCUAGCAAAGUCAUUGGUUGGGCUAGUGUGCAUCUGUGUUGCAUGAGCGUGUGUGUGGUGAGAGCUCCCGUUGUGGCUUUUUGUGCUGUCUGGCCUGGGGCUGCCUGGAUUCACGUUCCCAGUGCUGCUAGUCCCUCGGCCUUCACAAGCACAACUGUUCUCCCGGUAAAACCCACCCUCCGUCCCAGUCAGCGCAUGUAAACGUGACCAGUUUCCUGCUGUUCCCCAGAGUGCCAUGGUGCAUCUCUACCUCCCCAGCGCCCGUGGCGUCUGACCCCACAAGGUGCUUGGGCACUUCCCUCUGGACUGAUGUCUCUAGGGAGCUCAGCAUCUGGCAGGAUUGACUCCAAAAGCUGGCAAUGGAAUUUCCUCCAGGAAGCGACGGUAAAUUCAUUCAGUCGCUUAGAAGGUCUCCUUUCAAGUUCUAAGAACUAGGACGUUCUAAGCCAGGCUGAGGAACAGCACGAGCUGUUUGCUUGGGGAGUGGAUUUUGGUCACCCUUGAAGGGUGAGAUGGUAACAAUUUAAACUGAUAGUAAACUUUCUGUGAAAUGAGCAGUGGGAAGCAUGUAUAAUGUACAGGAUGUAUAUAUUAUACAGGCAAUUAUAAAUACACUUUUUUGUAUUUGUAUUCCAUGGUGUCAUAUCUAUACUGGCCACUAUAACCUACCGGUUGAUACGUCAGCCCUUUCAGUAGCAAAUCCCUAUUUGUUAACGGACUCCAGGGUUUUCCCUUCACUCUUUUGAUACAUCUGAAAAUAAAUUAAAACCACCUGGUGGCCGGGCACGUUAGUUUAAGGAUACAAAGGCACCAGGGCUAGACAGCUGGCAUUCUCUUACUGCAUGCCCUGCCUUCCUUACCUCUUCAGUAACAUCCACUGCUGGAAAUAAGAAAUGCCCAUAGAUGAUGGUUCAUUUUUGUUCUUCACUCAUAUUCUGGUCAGGCCUCUUUCCCCCGCGUUGGCGAAAUUUGAAGAUGAGACCCUAGGGUGACUUUAAAACCAAACUAUGUAAAACCAAAAACCCAAAGAGAAAACCAUCCAUGGUUCAUGUCGAAAUUCUGAACCAUCCAGAUUAUUUUCUGAGCUAGAAAUGGUACGGUCUAGGGAUGUAAAAUCCCAGUCAAUCAGUUAACCAGUUAAACAUUAGGUUAACCCAAUGUGUAACCAUCUAAGUGGGAUCUGUGGUGGGCUUCCUACUCCCAGACCCAUGCAGGGCUGGCUCCUAGCUCCUAGCGCCAGCUGUGUUGAGUGGGCUGCCAGCACAGGCUGCUGGGGAACCAGUGAACUGUUAACAGGUAAGCCUGACCCAGUAAGGGUGAUGCUUAGCGGGUAACCAGCUAUCCAUUCACAUCCCUUGUACUGUCCAAGACGUGUGUGACUAAUAGGGAAUGGAUAAAAAGCAACGGAGCCUUUGGAUAAAACUAGAACUGUGCUGAGAACUUGCAGAUGCUUUGGCUUGGUCUCGGAAGAGAGGAAGUUGCUGAAGGACGGGAUCUCUAGGGAGACCUUACACAUGCAAUGCUGGCUGCUUUUUAAAAAACCCUUCAGCAUAAACCACGAAUGCAGUGGUGAGAGUUUCUUGCCGCUGAAGUUUCCCCAAUGUCUGGUCUCACUGUGGAAGGAGACAGUGUAGCACCAAAGGGGUUCUUUUUGCUUUCUGCACAUGUAACAAACCCCCCCAGCUCUUCCUGCAAAACAUGCAUUUGACUCAAACCGAUCCUGCCCCUAGGAGCUAGAUGGCAACCUUUCCAAAUCGUCACCCAUCCCACAGAGCAUUGGUCCCUAAUGUACGUUUUGGAGAAUCACAGGUUUUCAGUGGUCUCCCAGGUGAUAUUGGCUAUUUUCCCAUCGCUUCUGAGACGCUUCUCCCGCCAUUAGAAAGUGUUCCCUGAUUCAGCUAACUUCCCCUGCCCCCUACUUGUAUCCCAUUAACCUUCCCAAACCCCUUUUCCUCUUCCUUGCAGUCGACCUCUCUAUUGCUCAGACCGCUAUCCUGCUCCCCUUCCCCCAGCCCUAUUGGCCUUGCAGUACUCAGAGGGAGCAGAGUCUGCGCGCAGCUGUACCAAAACCUGCUGAUCUUCCUGCUCAGUGCCAGGGAGAUGUUGCACGUGGCUUGAUACUGCAAAGUCGAAGUUGCUGUCCCCUAGCAGCCCUCUGUCUCUUGGCAUGACUGCAUCUCCAAUGGGGAUUUCCUCUCUCCUCACGUGCUCGCUUUGCCUUUGAGCGGGUUCAGUCUGCGGCCUCUCCUGCUGCCUCCUGCAAACGCUCCCAGGAUGCCUAGGCUGCAGCGAGAUGCCGUGGCCGCCCCAUGCUGGCUGACUUGGGCACAUGGGUCUGUGGCUUCAGCGCAGAUACUCAGGCUUCGGGUGCUCUGGGAUCCUCACAGGCUCCAGCCCCACCCAGAUGUCUACACGGCAAUCAAUCAGCCCUGCAGCCUGGGUCAGUGGGCACGGGCCAGCCGUGGGUUUUUAAUGGCCGUGGAGAGGUCCCCUCGCUGAGCGCGACCUGUUUUAAAUAGGGGAAACGGAAUGGGAAGCACAUAGCUGCUCCCUGAGCUGGCUGCCUGGUUUCUGCAGCCCUCUGAACUGCAAGGGGAGGGUUGCACUUAGCAAUACCAACCUGCCAUUGACGGGGGCAGCCUCACGAACAGGCACGAGUCCCCUAAGAGCACACUGGAUCCAUGGCAGGCACUUGUAUUUGUCCACAAACGAACGAGGGGAAUCUGGUGGGGAGGCGUUGCAGCUCUUGGGCUCCUGGUACAUCUCCCUCUUAAAGGUGGCAGUCUCUGCCUUACAGCCAUCCUUUGGACAAGGGUAGCUUGUCUCUGAGCCCCCACCCUCCCAACACACACAUGUGCGUGCUUGUGCCUGGGAGGGAGAGUUGGAAACAGCUCCCUUGCAUCAAGUUGAGUUUUGAUUCCCAUCCCCCCCCCUUGACAAUUGUGCUCGAACAUGAAUGGAUAUGGCGAUUUCUGACUGCGCUGUCUGGCCGAGAACGGAGUUCACAUACAGUAGGGACGCGCUGCGUGUUGUUUUGAGAGGCCGAGAACACAUUCAACAUCUAGAUUACCUAGUGUGGCUCUAGCCUUGAGCUUAAGUAGGGGGAAGAAAUUGGGUUGUUGCCACACCCUUAAAGCGCUGCUUUAGCUUGGGUAAAAGCUCUAACAGACUUCUGACAACACUGCUUCAUCUGGGUCUUCUGCCUGUUUCCAGGGCUGCUUUGCAUGCUAUUGAGGGGGGUAAGUCGAAGCCAUCGCUGAAUUACCGUAGGCUAGUUUUCUGUACAGCAGAGAGACUUUCUAGCCUUCAGAAGGCUUAAAAUGACGGUGACAUGGUUGUUGGUACAUGGAUCGUUUUUACGGUUGCCUCGUUCAAAGAGCCAGCCGGCCUGCCAAACACAGGAGCCUACGGUUUAAAUCUAUAGGUGGCUGCAUUUUCAGGGACACUGGGCGCUGAAGUUUCCCAAUGACUUCCACAGGGGCCGCAGAGUGCACGGUGCUCCUUGAAAAUCCUGCCACCUUUUUGGGAGCUUGCGUCAGUCAAGCUUUGAUCCUUUCUGAUGUUGACUGUCCGCUGUGUGGAAAUGUGGAAACCGUGUUGAAGUGAAGCCAGGUCAAACAAGUCAAGUCAAAUCUUGCAGAUUACCUGCAUGCCAGUGGGGAAUGGGAGAUUGAGGCCGCUAUCCCCUGCUGGAUGAAUUCCUGGCUAGCUCCAGAACGGAAAGGCAGGUUUCUCUUGCUGGCCAUAGCCUAUGUCUUGGCAUUGGGUUUUCCAAACAGUUCUACUGGGCAAACUUUUUGACUGGGCCAAACUUGUCCCUGAUGUAACGUAAAUGCCUUCAAUGCAGGGACCCCACAGAUUCCCCUCCCUUUUGGUACUUGAGUCCAAGACAGGUUAUUUCAUCCAAAUGUGGCACUUUUACACUGUUGGGGUACGUGGAGGACUACACUGCACGGCUCUUUCGGGAUACCCUGCGUCUACCCAAGCUGCCUGUUAUUUCAAAAUAUUUUUCAAAAUAACAGGCGUGCUAUUUCGCCAGCCUGGUGAACCUCCUUGCACAAGGGAUAAGGGAUGGCUCGAAAUAAUGCGUUCUUUAGCAAUGUGGAGCUGUGUAGACGCGCCACAUUUCAAAAUAAGCGAUUUCAAAACAGUUUUGAAAGAAGAUACGCAAUUUGCAUAGUGCAAACCUUAUUUUGAGUUUAGGGUGCUGUGUAGACACUCCCUAAGCGAACAGGAAUAUAGAGAAAUGUGUACAGUUGUCACAGGCCCAAGACCUGUGCCUCGGUUCCCCUUUUGGUUCUGUAAAUCAGUCCCGGUUCACUUAGCCUUCAGUAACCUCUUAUUCAUUAAUAGCUAAUAAUUAACACACAGAAAUAGUUCCAGGCUUCCAUUACUAGAAUUGUCAGGGCUCGAUGAUUUCAGCCGGUUGCCCGUUUGCCGGCAGCAUGCGCAUACGCAAUGCGGGUCUGACGCAUGCGCGGUGCGGGGCUGGCGAGUGGAUUUUGCCGCAGUUUGUCGAGCCCUGGCCAUUGUCAUCCAUGGGCUGCUAGCAGUCCCUCUGGCCUUCCCAGAUACAGUUGGUCCAUGCUGGGCUCCUUCAGGGUGCGUCUCCCCUUGUCAGCAUGCUCUUCCCCUUGCUGCUCCCUUCCCAGACCCAAGGCCUCUCUGCUCCCGAGGCAAACCCCAGCUCUCUUCCCAACAGGCACUUCCAGUGGUCUCCCUUCCCCUGGGACUCGGACAGUUCUCGAGACUUACUAUCAAAUCGUAGCCCUAGUUCUGGGCCUGUUCCCAGAGAGAUCUAGUCUACCUACGAGUUCUCCAGGCUUCAGCAACAGCAGGGUUUCUCUAGCGAGGCCAUCUCCCCUCCCUGGGUGCUGCCUUGUUCUAGUAGCCUCUCCUAAGGCAGCUGCUCCAUUUCUAAAUGGCUACAGCGGUGCCACCUGGAGCAUCUGAGUCUUCCCAGGUCUUCUCCACAGGGUUGUCAUGCGUCAGUCAAGCUUGGAUCCUUUCUGAAGAACCCCUGACGCCAUGAUACACUUCAGAUGUGACCCCAGAGGUGGUAAGAGCUCUGCUCUGCACCUAGCAGACUCACCUGCAUCCAUGCCGCCUUGCUGCCACCAUCUUGUGACUAGACCAGGCCUCUUCGGGCAUUAUUGACUCUGGUCCUUGACCUAGAGAGCCUGGUGCAUCCAGUGUCAGCUGUCGCUGACUCGGUGCAAGUCCUCCUGUGGAGCAGAUGGAAUUGCCUGGUGUUAAAUUCUUUCCCCCGUGCAUCUCUACCACCCCCUGAGUUCUGAAAAUCCCUUUCGAGUGAUUUCAUCUUCUCUGCUGCCUUAGCCGUAGACCUGGCUUUCCACUUCUUGCCCUGCUCCACAGUCGGUGAAAUUUUGCACCAUUGCCUGGCUUUGUGAAAAGGUGUUGUGUGACAAGGGGCCUUCCGAGGGGAGUUGUGCCUAACCUCAGCCGUACUCACUCCAUUUCUGGGCAAGGUGUGUGUGACGCGCCCGGGGGAGGGAGUAGAUGGGACGCAGUUUGCCCGAGUUGAGUGACUGGGUGAAUUUCUCCAUUAGCCAACCCGACACUUAUUGUCAUUCCUGACCAUGAUGGCUUAAGUCGGGAUUUCCCAGAGCUCACCUGAUGCUUACCGGUUGGCACCUUAAUGGCAGGGCCUCGGGGGCUGCUGAUGCCAAAGACUUAUUCAUUGGAAAAAAGCAUCUCCUGAACGAGUUCUUAAAUUGACCAGGCAGCUUUGUUUCCUCCAUUUGGCUAGUCACUAGCAGGCAGGCCCAUAGCAGGGUGGACGUUGCAACAGCCGGUAUAUAAAGCCACCAAAUUACAUGGCCCAAAAUAUGAGACGAUUGCCUGGGCAAAACAAAAUUCCUAUUCUUGCAGCCUACAGAAUUUCAAUGCCAAAAGGUGCAUGAAUGUGAAGGUGGAGAUUUAAACGUUGCCGUCGAGUGGGUUUCUUUUUCAGGUUAACGAAUUUACUUUGCCUUUCUUCUGGUUAGAUUAUCGUCCUUGCUUUCAGCUCGGUGUAACCCAGUCUUCCCUGUGCCAGGCGGGAGCAAGGCCUUGUAGCUUCUAAGCUCGCAUUGUGCUGGAGAGCAUAAAGGCAGCCCGGUUGAUCUUACGCAAUGGAUAGGCACGGGGUAGCGGUGAGAGAUACUGAUGCCAACAACAUGCGUCUAACCUUUCCGUUGGAUGCAGGCCUCUUGUGGAUGCCUGUUAAAUAUUCCUGCAGGGUUUGUGCAUUGGAGUCCAGGUUUUUUAAUAACAGCACAAAAGAGCGGUACAAUGCUAAAUCCAUCUGUCCUUCUGAAACCGGGGUGGAGAGAGCAUUUCUCCAGAAAUGUUCUGUGGUUUGAGUUCAUAGUGCCUUUUUCUAUCUUCACUGUUUGGAAAGAAAUGAAGUUUAACAGUCAUUGAAGAUUUGUGAAAAUAAAAGCCUAUUUUUGAAACCGUUGUAUAAUGAAAUCUAUAAAAGACCGAUCAGCUGCAGUAUUUUUUAUAUUUUGUUCAUUGGGAGGCAUGACUUAAUUCUGGUAUUAACUGUAGCUUUCAGUUUAGCUGGUGAGUGAGCAAUGGAUGCUUUGGUCCAGAGUGAUUCUUGGCACCUCUGACCCUUGAUCUGUCAGAGACGCACAUCUCUUUCCUUUCCAUUAAAAGUUUUGGUUCGUCUCUAAAGCCAACCAAGCUACCAAAGAUCCAGUUGAGUUCAGUAAAUUAAAACGGGGGAGUCUGCAUGUUUGAACUGUCUGUUCGAAGUUGUGAUGAUCUUUGCCUUGGUUUCAUCCACCAUUAUUUUAUGCUGGUUUUUUUGUAUGUAUGCUUUAUGUAUGGAGUAUUUGUUACAGCUAAAUAAAAUUCUGCACCUGACGCUUA